AUGCCGUUGGCUCCGACCGUACCGCUCUGGCUUGUCGUUGUCGUCGUGGCAUCGCUGGUGCUGGCGUGGAGGGAGGCACCUCCCGGACCUACACCCAGGCGGAGCACACCGCCGACGUUCUUGGGCGACCUCAAGCUUAGCGCCUCGUCUUCAAUUCGCUUCACCGCCACGGGGAGGAACACCUACGGCUCCAUCCAACUAUCAGGAUGCGCGCACCUGGACGGAACCCUCGAAUUAGACAUUGCUCGUCGCAUUGAAGGCACCACGCCCUAA